UCAAAACGUAGCAACUGCUCCAAAUACAGGUAUCAUUAGUCCAAAUGUUAUCACCACAAGAGAAGAAGGAUAAGGUUAUACGAUCAACUGACAUUGAUGCGUUGAGUUGUCGUUCAAGUGCAAAUAGAUUGUCAUAUUUUGUUCCCCCAGAUAGUUACACUGAUGUUUUAAUUCAAUCUUAUCAAAAAUAUUUACAAUACUGUCAAGGAUAUACUGGUCUUUCUUCAGGUAGAACAUUAAGACAAUCGUUUGGAGAUAAGAAAUUCCCUUUAAUUAAUAGAGGAACUUAUUUCAGAACCAGAGCCAUAGAUGUUGUGAUUGAACAAUUCAUAAAAGAAUUUCCUCAAAGUCAAAUAGUAUCACUUGGAGGUGGAUCUGAUACAAGAGCAUACAGAAUCUUAAAUAAACAUCAAUUGGUAAACUAUUAUGAGAUAGAUUUUCCUGAAUCUGUUAAAAUAAAGAAAUUGGCUAUCCUACAAUCAGAUGAAAUUAAAAAGAUAAUUGAUUUUAAGGAAAAGUUAAGCGUCAACAUUAAUAAUAGAGAAGAAUUUGAUCUCAUGGAUGGAAAUAUACAUACAAGUAAAUAUCAUCUCAUUGCGUAUGAUUUAAGAGAUCUAAAAGAUGAUCCAACUCAAUUCAAUCAAAAACUUGAAGGAUUUGAUGUUAAUUUACCAACUUUGGUGUUAAGUGAAUGUGUUUUAUGUUAUAUGAAUCCAGCAGAAAAUACCAACGUGUUGAAAUUCUGGAAAGAUUUUUGUAAAGAAUAUGUUUCUGUUUUCAUAUAUGAGCCUAUGUCUUUACAUGAUGCAUUUGGUACUACUAUGGCCAAGAAUUUAGCUGAUAGAGGAAUCAAUUUAUUAACCUUUAAUGAAUAUUCAGAUUUACAAGAAAAGUCAAAAUAUUUACAUGAAACUUGUGGAUUUCAAAGAGUUCGUCUUACAGAUUUAAGUGAAAUUGCUGGUUAUGGUAUUAAAAAGAAUAAUCAUAAAGAGUCAUGGGUGGAUGUUCAAGAAAUUUAUAGAAUAAAUCAUAUUGAGCUAAUUGAUGAGGUUGAAGAGAUCAGACUUCUAUUACAGCAUUAUUGUCUUUGUUAUGCAGAGUAUAGUGAAAGCAACAAAAAGUUAGUAGGUAUAGACAGAUGGAAUUGGUUGGAAUCUGUGGAAUAAGUUUUUUUUUUUCGAAAUAUACAUUUAUUUAAUAUUCUAUAAAUUUAGAAAUAUAAAUGGAGUGGAAUAGAGAAACAUAAUGUAAAAACUCUAUUUAUAGAUUAGAAGGAAUAGAAGGUCAAACAAGACCGUUAUAUUAAUAAAUCAGUAAGAUUUAUUUAAGCAAAAGUUAGGUACGAUAUCCAGUGAUUCAAACGGGCGGGGGUUAAAGCAGUGUUAACCUCCAGAUUUUGUCGUCGUAGGAAUAACUUAAAGACAAUGAAUAGAUAUCGUGUGGUCAGAAUAGCAUCAGGAAGCAGUAAAGUGUCAUUGAC